AACUUUAGGCAUUUAUGGUUUACAAUUCUUCCGAUUUCCGAGGAGAAAAGUAUUUUUAGUGUACUUAUUACUAAUGUUUGUCUGUUUAAAACCGUAGGGUUGGUGUUAUUGCUUUUCUCCACCACUGAGAGUUUGAUUUAUUUAUUUUUCUUUAGGUGAAAUGAAUCCAAAUUUCAUGAUGGCCACACUGUAUGUGGGAGAUCUCCCUGUGAUUGCAGAGAAAUUCAGCCCUGCAGGCCACAUUCACUCCAUCCGGCUCUGCAGGGGAAAGAAGACCGGCUCCUCACUUGGCUAUGCUUACAUCAACUUUCAGCAGCAGGCCGACACUGAGCGAGCAUUGGAAAUGCUAAAUUUUGAGCUCCUUAUGGGACAGCCCAUGCGCAUCAUGUGGGCUCAGAGGGAUUCAUCCCUGAGGAACACCAGCAUCGGAAACCUGUUCAUCAAGAACCUGGACAAGUCGAUUGACAGCAUGGCCCUUUAUGACACCUUCUCCAGCUUUGGGAAAGUCUUGUCGUGCAAGGUUUGGGCUCUGAAUAGCAUCUGUAUAGCAUGAUUAGCAUAUUUUAUACUAAAGAGCUGUAUUAGCUUUUUGAUAUAAAUUCUGAAUUUUGACAUAACAUGAGUUAUAACAUGAGUUAACACAAAGGGUUGUAAGUUAUGAGAAGAGACUCUAAGAGCAGUGUCUCUGUUGUGUUACGAGUUUAUUGAGCAGUUUAAGCCCUGUGAGGAGCGCAAGGCUGAGGCGGACCCCCGCUUCCAAGUUUCACCAACAAGUUUCACCAACAGCUAUAUCAAAAACCUGGGUGAAGACAUGGACAACACAAAGCUGAAAGACAUCUUCAGCAAGUUCAGAGAGGAUCACGAAUAGAGAGUUCUAUACAGUCACAUAAACAUAAUGUGUUAUACACUUACACUCACUUUCAGAUAACCAGACAUUCUCCUUAAGAAUUGUCUGGUGUAAAAGCAAGCUGUCCUGGUCCCCAUGGUAGCAAAGCAUCCCUGUUUUGUCACACCACUGCCAUUAUGCAGUAUAUAUUGUUGUAUAAUGUUCUUACUGUGAAAUGCUGUAUUUUUUUUACAACAGACAUAACAGCACCUGUGUUGUCCAGAGUUCCAUGUUUGUUUUGUCUAUUUGGGGAUCAUCCAGAUGCUGUUUUGAAGUGAGUAGUGGUUUAGCCCAGUCUCUUUCUAACGUGGAGUCAUGAACACUAACUUGCUUGUCUGAGUGAAAUUGAUACUUUAUAAAAUUUUAAAUUAAAAAAAUGGCUUUAGGGGCAUGUAGGACGGAAAUAUACCCAUAGAAUUCAUUCAUUCAUUUGUCAGAAAUAAGGCUAUGAAAAAUUUAUCCUGAAAUCAGUGAUUAAUCUAAUCAGUGAUAAAUGAUUAGAUAAUUGUAUAAAUGACUAGCUUAUAAUAUUUUUGUUCAUCGGUCCAAAUCUCCAGAACUCAUGGCAUUUCUGUACGCUACAGCUUUAUCCUUUGGGUCAGUUUGUGCCCCGCAGCUUAGUUUAGCAGCUGGCCUUCCUGCACUUCCGUCACUUCCUGCAGUUGAGUCGACUCGCUUUUACACUGCAAUAGAAUUCUCUUGGAACUUUUGUUCCACACUCAGUUCUCCGGUUUCCUCCUAUCUCCCCAAAAAAAAUGCUGAUGGGGUGGGUUGGCUAUACUAAAUUACAUGUGGGUGUGAACGAGUGUGUGAAUGAGUGUGUGAAUGUGCAUGUGCACAGUGCAAUGCAAUGGACUUUGUGCAUUCCUAGCCUUCACAGGAUAGGAUCUACUGUGACCCUGACCAGGAUAAAGCGCAUAAUGAAAAAUGAAUAAAUGAAUAAAUGACUGAAUGGAUGAACGAUGUCCAAACUUUAAACUGGUAGUGGAUAUGAUAGCUAUCAUGUAAAGACAUCUCAUUAUUCCAUUUAGAAACGCUACAAUGCUUUAUUCAGAGAAUGGUUACUCAUUUAUUAGUGAGAAAUGUUUGCCAAAGGAAACAGGUGAAUGUACAGCUUAAUAAAGCUUCUGACUGCUGUUUCCUUUGGCAAGGAAAAAGUUUGUCACAGCGUGUAACAAAUCACUGCAGAGCUGUGGUACAGCAGAAUGAAUUACAUCCUUAUUGUGUGUGUGUGUGUGUGAGGCUCGCAGCAGACGGAGACUAAUUUAGAAAAGCAGUAAAUGAGGAUUGUGUACAAUAAAUCCUGAAUGUUGUUUAUUCUGGGCGCUCAAGAGAAAGAGUUUUAUAUAAUGUUUAUUCCACAGCGCUGGUGGAUUCUGAUUGGUCGGAAGAUGUUGAUUAAUUUUCUAAAAGAGCAGCUUUGACAAUAGUUCUGACUGCACGACAAAUCACAGGUUUAUAUAAUACACUUGUUUUAAUAUGUUAUAGUUUCUGCAGUAACAGCUUACACAGGGACUUGCAUGAUGGACUCUCAACAUAAAUGGCUUUUUAUGUGUGUAAAUGUUGAAAUGGCAAAGUGAUAACAGGACAUUUUUUGAUAACAGGGCACUUGUCUUGCAGAUGUUCAACAGCAUUACAUGCAA